AUGCCUUUGGGAAUCAAUAACCCGCUUCCUUCGUCUAUGGCGUCGGAAUGCAAAAAAUGCGGAAAGAUUUUAAGCUCUUUCAUUGAUCCACGACAGUCCUUUGGUCCCGAUAAGAUCAUUCCACCACAUGUCCUUGCGCAAGCAAAGGGCCUCGCAAUCGUGACUGUCCUAAAAGCUGGGUUUAUUGGUUCCGGUCGUUAUGGUAAUGGUGUAGUAAUAGCUCGUCUCUCGGACGGUUCCUGGUCCGCACCUUCGGCAAUUGGAAUCGGCGGCGGUGGAGUUGGCGGACAAAUCGGUUUCGAACUCACGGAUUUCGUUUUCAUUCUCAAUGAUGCCGCGGCUGUGCGCACCUUCUCCCAAGCUGGUUCUCUCACACUUGGUGGAAAUGUCAGUAUAGCAGCUGGACCAAUAGGACGAAAUGCCGAGGCAGCCGGAGCUGCCAGUAUGAAGGGGGUAGCUGGUGUUUUCAGUUAUAGCAAGACAAAGGGACUUUUUGCUGGUGUCAGUCUCGAGGGAAGCGCAAUUAUCGAGCGAAGAGAUGCGAACGAGAAAUUAUACGGAAGAAGAUUCACAGCUGCAGAGUUACUGGGCGGAGCAGUUCGAGCACCACCAGCAGCACAACCACUCAUGACUGUGUUGAAUUCGAGAGUUUUCGCGGGGCAAAGUACUGAUGAUGGCACUUAUAAUGAUAUACCUGUUUAUGACGAACGACACGAUGAUGUGGUAUGGGAAGGUAGAAGAGGAAAUGCCUACGGAGAAGGCACGCGAAGAGAUCGUGGCACAAGUUUAGGAAAUGAUUCUGAUUAUGUCAACCCCAACCGUCCUCAACGAGCGAGUACAUGGGCCGAUGAUAUUUAUGACAGAGCCCCUACCAAUGCAGGCAGGGCUAGGUCUGGAACCGCAUUUGAGGAUGAUUAUGUAUAUACGGAUUCUCCUCGUACAUCUUCAAGUCAAUUUGGCGGUAAUGGUAGCGGAAAACCAGGACCAGGUAGACCGGCGGCACCAAAACCAAAGUUUCAAUCCAAGACAGCUAGUUUGAGGAGUAAUGAAGCCGUUGCGCAAUUUACGUUUGAUGCCGAUCAGCCAGGAGAUUUGGGCUUCAAGAAGGGUGAUGUAAUUACGGUGACGAAGAAGACUGAUAGCAAUGAAGAUUGGUGGACUGGUACUAUCAACGGACGAUCGGGUAUCUUCCCUUCAAAUUAUGUCAAAAUGAGAGAAUAA